CAGUUGGUUGCAAAAACAGAUGAACAAAAAACAGGAGCUGAAUUUUUCAUCCAUUGCAGCAAACCCAGCCUCCUCCUCUGCGCAGCAACUCAGCUACCAGCCGGAUAUCUGUGGUUUUGACCUUUUCUGAUACAGUUCCGUUGAGUUUGGGGAAGAUGGAGGACGACGAAGGUUACACGGUAUUGAACCUCCGGCCGAAGAGGGGAAACUCAGCCUGUCCAUCUCCAGAUGGAAGCCCAGGGUCUCCUACGAGUGCCCGUUGUUACAAAAUCGCCCUAGGAGCUUUGGGGGCCUGUUGUAUCAUACGGACGUUAGUGAUUGCACUGGGCGCCUGGGGAUGUUGUUACAAAGUUUGUCAGAGCCCCUGUCCGAAAGGAAACCCCGCGGAAAGCGACGGUGUCACUCAGCAAACCGGAAGUGGAGGAGAACACAACGCCAGCCUGGAGGACUUGUUUUCUCGUCUAAAGCAGAGUCUGUGUGAUCCGGCCCAGAUAAGCUCAGCAGGUGGCUCCAGGUGCAAACUCUGCCCCAGGGACUGGGUGCUGCACGGGGACAAGUGCUACUGGCUUUCGAACGAGGCUGACAGCUGGAGCAUGAGCCAUGACGACUGUUCAAGGAAGGGAUCUCAAAUGCUGGUGAUCCAGGAUCGGAAACAGAUGGUAACGUACAUUUUAUGUCAGGGCACAGAGAGAGCCGUUCAUCACGUCUCUGUUCUCUUUGUUACGUGUCUCUAUACAGCGGUUCUCAAACUUCAUUGCACCGCGACCCCCUUCUGACAACGAAAAUUAAUACAUGCCCCUGGGCGGGGGAGUGGGGAUGGAGAUGAAGCCCAAGUGCCCCCUCCCUGGCCAGAUAGGGAGGGCCGGAGCCUGAGCACGGCUGCUGCGGGCUGAAGCCCUCGGGCCACAGCAAGUCAUUAAAAUGGGGUCGCAACCCACUUUGGGGUCCCGCCUGACCCCCAGUUCGAGAACCACUGCAUGACCUAGCAC